AUGACUAAAAAUUUUAAAGAUAAAUUAGGUGAAGGAGGUUAUGGCUCAGUGUUUAAAGGAAAACUUCGUAGUGUGCAUCACGUGGCAAUAAAAUUGUUGGGCAAGUCAAAGGGUAAUGGCCAAGAUUUCAUAAACGAAGUUGCUUCUAUUGGGACAAUUCAUCAUGCUAACGUGGGAAAACUUAUUGGAUUUUGUGUGGAGGGAUCAAAGCAAGCUCAGGUAUAUGACUUCAUGUCUAAUGGAUCUUUAGAUAAAAUCAUAUUUACAGAAGAAAAUAAGAACACUUUGGGCUGGAAAAAAAUGUUUGAUAUUGUGCUUGGGGUGGUUCAAGGAAUUCACUACUUACAUCAAGGACGUGACAUGCAAAUUCUACAUUUUGAUAUCAAGCCACACAAUAUUCUUCUUCAUGAGAAUUUUAAUCCAAAAGUUUCGGAUUUUGGUCUUGCUAAAUUGUAUUCAGUAGAUGAUAGCAUUGUCUCUCUCACUGUGGCAUGA